UGAUCGUCAAACAAUAAGAAUUUUUUAGUGCGAAUCAACUUUUUUAGUUACUACAUAAUUUAACACUGUGAAGAUGAAAAAUAUAGUUAUCAUUAUAAGUUUAAUUGUGACGGCUCAUGCUGCCGAUCAUAGUCUCGAUAAAGAUGAACUUGAGGUAAAGGAAUACUUUGAACAAUGUUUAUCGGAACACGGCUUAAAAGAAAGUGAUUUGGAAGAGUUGAAAAAUAAAGCUGAUCCACAAAUUUUGUGCAUCACAGCUUGCGUUUUUGAAAAACAAGGAUUGUUGAUGAAAAAUGGUGAAUUUAAUAAGAAAGAAAUAAUAAAAGUUGAGCAGGAAGAAGACCCAAAUUUUAAGCAAGAUGAUUUCGAUGAAAUAUUUAGUUUUUGCGAAGAAAAGGCAAAAGGCAUUGACGAUGCUUGCCUGAAAGGUAAUACUUUGACAAUGUGCUUCUUGGAUGAAAUUAGUCAACUCGAUGACAAGAAUUAAGUUACGUACUCUACGAAAUAAUGAAGUACCUAUGAUUUGUUUUAAUACAUGAAAAAAAAAGAAGAAAUGUACCAAUCUAAUAAUAAAAUUCAUACUUGUACAGUAAAA